CUUCUUCCUCCAGCUCUGCCUCUUCUAGAGAGGGGAACAGGGAAGAACACGGCCACAAAGGCGCCCCGAUUUUCUCUCGGGGUUCCCGUUCCCUGCUCACCCCCAGCCUCAGGAAUCCAUUGCUGCUGUUCUUCUCUUGAUCUCUCGGUGUUUGGAGGAGGAGAGGAGUGAGGAAUCUUUGGCUUGUGGAGUGAAUUUGGAGCGAGGUGCUCGCAAGCGCUGCGCUCGUCCGGCGAUGGAGAAGGAUGCGAGGAACCACUACCACACGCGUGGCUCCACCCGCGGCGGCGGCGGCGGCACGGCGGCGGAGCGCGACCUGCUUCUGCAGUGGGGCAACCGGAAGCGCCUGCGCUGCGUCAAGGUGCACCGCCGCGACGUCGACGCCGCGGCCACCGUGGCCGCCGAGAAGGCCGCGGCCAACCAGCGCCGCGCCGCAGCCGCAGCCGCAGCCGCCGCACAGCGCCACCACCCCGCCGCCGGCCUUGCGCACCACCGCGCUGUCAGGAAUUCAGAGGAGUCUGGAGCAAUGAGAUCUUCAGCACAACAGCAUCAGAUGAACGCGAUCCGCGCAAUCGCAUCCCCUGAAAGGGAACGCCCUGCAAGGGGCAGCAACAUCGUCAAUAACAAUGGAGGUCCGCCAACCUCUCCAGAUGACAAGAAGGGUUCAUCGUCAGGGAGCGAGGGGUCAAUCUGGCCUAAAUUUGCAGUCGCCCUGACGAACAAAGAGAAGGAAGAGGACUUCUUGGUGUUCAAAGGAUCCAAGCUUCCUCAGAGGCCAAAGAAGAGAGCCAAAGUCAUCCAGAGGACAGUGAAUCUUGUAUGCCCUGGAACUUGGCUCUGCGACUUGACACUGGAAAGAUACGAAGUCAGAGAGAAGAAGGUUUCUAAAAAGCGCCCUAGGGGGUUGAAAGCAAUGCACAACAUGGACAGCGACUCUGAAUAAUAGGAUCAUUUAACAGAAAGCAGCUAAACAUUAGAAAGAAGAUAAUUGCGCAUAUCCAUUAGCUGAAGAUUUCAGCUAUCUGAUGGAACAACCAUGGGCUCGCAGCUUCUUGCACUUGCUUCAGGAGAUCAAGAUGACUGGACUGUCAGAACUCGCAAGCUGCACAGAAGAACACGGAGGCGAUGCAGGCAUGCAGCCUGCAGAUUAAAUUCCAAGCCAGCUUUUGUUCUGAACACUGGCUGCAGGCUGCCUCCCAGGCAAGGCAGCUCUGAAUAUUUCCAAGCCUCUCGUGUAUACUUGUUGAGACCACAAAUGUAGAUCACUGCACACUCCAGUUCAAUUCGAAGUGUAGCUUGCCCUGUGCAUGACAGUAGCACUUGACACUGAUCUGAAUUGAAAGCGUCUUCAAUAAUUUUCUCCUGGUGCUGUAAAUCUUUGGGUGUAAAUCAAACUCAGGGCGUCAGAUAAUGUCAGGCGUUAGCCAACCAGGCAACACGAAUGGACGUGAAAUUUGUGGUUGUAAUUUAGAGCGGACAGAUCUGUCAACAUUUGAAUUUGAAUGAGAAGUAUUGUAUGAAUCC